AUGGCAUUGCAAAGUGUCAAACCAAUUGUGAUGUAUUGGGCCUUGAGAGUGACGGGUGUGUUACUCUGUUCAACUGCGGAUGAAAAUAUUGAGAAGAGAGGGAAACUUGCAGUGAUGACAAGAGGACUUCCCGAAAGAAUUUUCGGUGCGUUGGUGUCCAAUUUGAAAAAAGGUUCUCCAUUAGUCGUUCAUGGUUGUGUGAACACGUUCAGAUAUAUUGUAUGUGAACCAUAUUCAAAUACAACGGAGUUUUCAAUGUAUAAACGAAUGAUGAGCAUCAUUAGCGGUCUUGGAAGAGACGUAUUUUUACUUUUCCAGUCUCCUUGUAUAUCAGUGCCACAUAUUGCCGGACAAAUAUUAAGGAGUUUAGUGGAGGAAACGGAUAUGGAUGAGAAAAUAAAGGAACUCCAAGACUACGCUUUGCUCGAAGGAAUUACUCUCCAGUACUUGCAGACUGCUUGCUUUGCUGCUCCAAAAUCCACAACACAGUUUUUGCAAAAACACCUGGCAAUACAUUUAUUGGACGUCUUCACGGCAGACCACAAGGAUUCAGAGGAAAUGCUCGAAAGAAUUAUCCCCAAAGCACUCUUGGCGUACCUUGACAGCACGGACGAACCUCCAGAGCGAAUUGAAAUUGACGAAGGAGAAAGAAAAGACAGAUUGAAAUCUGGCGGAACGGGUUCGGUGAUGAACUUGGGAUCGAUAAGUUCAUUUUGGAAAAAAUGGAAUGGAACAAGAAGUGUCAGCGAGAUAAGAACUCGGCAGAAACGAAUGAUCAAACAGAAAAGAAACUGGGGCAUGUUUGUAUUCCAAUUACACCAACAACACAGAAGCGCUGACUUGAUUUGGAAUCACCAAACACGACAAGAACUUGAGGAAGCUUUGAGCAGUGAAAUCAGAAACCUCAAAAAGGAUCAAGAAGAGGGUGAAGUCGCGUGGAAUCACAGAGAGUUUUUGGUUGAAUACAAGUCACUUGAUAAUGAGGUUUGUGUGGAUGGGUGUUACAUUAAGUGCCUGUUGGAAAACGCGGACUUAAAAUUGAGCGAUCCAAAAGACUUCUUUGAUACAUUAUACCACCGGUGCUUGUUUGAGACAAACCGAGAAUUGCAAGCCUUGGCAAUUCAAGCUAUGGGAGUUGUUUACACAAAGUUUAGUUCUGACAUCGGUGGGUUUAAGGACAUCAUCCACAUUGUCUCAAUGCUCAAAGCAACUCGCUCCGUCUUGCUUAGAGACAGACUCAUUGGGUUGAUACGGUCUCUUUUGAAAAUAGAGAUCAACGCAAGAAAGUUUAUAGACGUGGGUGGAAUUGAUCUGUAUGUUGAAUUGGUGGCUUUGGUGCAUUUGCAGAGUGAACAUGCAGUUAUCCCAACUCAAGUCAACUUAUUGACGAACGGUCUUACAGUAGGUGAAUGGUUUUAUGGAAUCAAUUUUGGUAAUGGAAAAAAGGAAAAGAAAGGACCAUAUACUCUCGAUGAAUUAAAGAAAUUGUUGAACGACAAAAUCAUAACCGAAGAUGUGAUCGUUUGGGCGCAAGGGAUGGAGGACUGGAAGAGUUUGAAGGAUGUGACAGUACUUAAAUGGUAUUUGCUCAAAGAAGACACGGGUGUUUUAUCACCCCUCGAGUUGUGCCACGAAAUCAUUGGGACGUUAGAAGAUUUGGUCACUAUGUACCCUUCUCGUGACAUGAACGGUAUUUUACUUAGACCAAUUCCACGUGCAAAGAGAAUAUUGUCGUCGCCACGGUACCUACCACACGUAGUCCAAUUAUUAUUGACGGCAUCUCCACAAUUGAUUGACAUAGCUGCGCGACUUCUCAAAAACCUUCUUGAAGACAACCCAACGGCACAACCCAAGUUUUACUUAACUGGAGCUUUUUACUUUGCACUGCUGUAUUCUGGAAGCAACUUCAAAGAGAUUUCCCGGUUGUUGGCAGCAACCCACCGACAACAACGUGUGGGUGACUCGGUGGAGUUAUCAGUUGUACGUGGAAUGCUUCCAGCCUCUUUGGUGACCACGUUAGACCGAUCUUCUGAUGAAUUCGCUGCCCGUUUUGUUGGUGAAGUCGCAACACCGGAAAUUCGUUGGGGAAGCAAAAUGAGAAGCGUUCUUAUUGACACAAUUUCUCAACAUUUGGGCGAUUUUCCAAGCAGACUUGGCAUCAACCCGCUUGCUGUGUAUUCUCACGUCCCAAUUGCACCAAUUGUCUACGAAGAAUUAAAGGGCGAGUUGUAUUGUGGGAAGGUGUACCUGAAGCAGCUGUGCAACGAAGAUGAAUAUCCGGACUACUUUAUUGCAGACCCAGUUGGCUUGUUGCAAUCCAUUUUGAGGACGUGGGUCGAGAUGGAGGAUGAGCCGAAAAAAAUGAGCCAGGAAGAAGCAAAAAAGGUGCUUGGGGUUGAGGAUUUUGAAGACAAAAACAAAUUGAGAAAGGCGUACUUCAAAUUGGCGCAGAAAUACCAUCCAGACAGAAAUCCGGAGGGAAGAGAUAUGUUUGAAAAGGUGAACGUGGCGUACACCCAAUUGAGUGAAGCAGGACCAGAAGACAAUGAAGAGAAAAUCGACUUAAUUCUGCACUCUCAGUGUAUUUUGUACGAAAAGUGUGGUGAGGCGUUGUCUCCAUAUAAAUAUGCUGGAUACGCAUUAUUGGUACCAUGCCUACAAGAUUCUAACAGAAGAAGCAGAGCGUUACAACUGGUCUAUUUGACAAUCAGAGCAUCGACCUUGAAUAUCCAAGAACUUUCAAGACUCGGUGGCAUGCAAAUAUUGCUGAAAUUGUUGGACGAACUGUGUGUAAGCAUUGUAGAAACAAAAGUCACAGCGAUUCGCUACAUUCUCAGAGCAUCGGCCGUAGCCUCGAAGUACUCGCAAUCGUUGUCUGAAAUAAAGAAAAGCAACACAUUAUUUGGAAACGUGAAAACAUGUCUUGGAAGUGAAAUGUUGGGAGUGGUAGAGGCGUCUCUUGAAUGCGUUACGUGCUUCUCGACAGACACCGAGAUGCGUAUUGAAAUGUUCAACAAGAAUUAUCUGGGGUUAUUGGUCAAAAGAAUUUUAAGCUUCGACCCAACACUGGACGCUUCUGACCAACAGAGUAUACACCAAAUGAAAAAUGCGAUUGCUGGAAUGUCGUUGUUAGCUCUGAAAGCGUUAGUGAAAAUUGAAGAAAACAGCGAAGAGACCAAGGCUGUAUUUUCUUUGUUCACCUUCCCACUUGGGAUGAUGAUGCGGACAAACCCUGUUGGAGAUGUUUUGACAGCAAUUACAUCGACGACACAAACACCUUACUUGAUUUGGAACAACAAAACCCGUGGCGAGUUAAGUGAUUACAUAGACGCGCACCUCAGUGACACUGCGGAGUGGUCACCAAAGGAGUACUCUGGGUUCAGGUUCCUAUCAUUGGCAAAUGAGUUGGUCAUAUUUGGAGUCUAUGUAAGACUAUUCAACGAACAAAUCCGUGUUUGUGAGAAACUUGCAAACCCACUCGCUUUUCUAAAAAGUGCUAUCGAUCGUAAGGAUUUGACUAGUGAAUGGCUCCAAGAAAAAGUCAAAGCAAUUGCAAAUGUUUUAGAACAGUACCAAGUAGCCACUGAAUUUUGCGAAGACGAAAAGAUGUUGGAGGGACUCUUUGAGAUGAUGAAAGAAGAACCGGACGAUUUAAUUGUCCAAGGCUUUGUGUUCAGAAGUGUCAAACGAUUAGUUUCGACAACUGCGUGUGUUGAAAUCAUUGCAAAGUCGCGUGUGCUUCCCAAAUUUUUGAUUUUACUCCACCCGGCCACGUUUUUGGAUCAGGUCAUUCCUCUUGUACAAGCGUUGUUCUCUGUGGUCACUGGCCUACAACAGGGCAUACUCAAGGGCGGACUUUUGUAUUUAUUGAACCACUUUGUGAGCGGAAUUGACUUGGAGCAGCGCGUGUUAGUUGCUCAACUCAUUGGGAAAAUGGCUGCAACGCCUUCUGUUGGGCCUAAAGUCACGCUUUCUCUUGGAAAAUUUUUCCCGCCAUCUAUUGUUAAUGCGAUGAAGCUUGAUGCGAAAGGUGCGGUUGUUUUAUUGGAUUCAACUGCUGAGACUCCGGAACUUAUUUGGAAUCCAGAGAUGAAAAGUGAUGUCGGUGAGUUUAUAAGAAAAAUGACACAAGCGUUCCACUCCAAACAGGCUUGCGACGUUUCUGUGAAAUGGUCGAUACCAGAUGGGUUUUCAUUCGGGUACAAAGAGCUUGAAAACGAGACGUGUGUUGGUGGCGUGUUUAUAAGAGUGAUGAACCAAAAUCCGUCGUGUCCACUGACACAUCCAAAUCUCUUUACUGAUGGACUUUUCACGAAAUUUGCGGAGUAUGCUUCCGAGAACGAUGAAGAGAACACGACAGUUAUUGCAAAGACGAUUGCUCUGUUUUUUACCAACCAACCUAACAAUAUGGAGUAUGUGGCGACAUCUGGACACCUUUCAAAGGUUGUUGAAAUCCUCAAAACAAAACCAAGCCUCAAUGUGUUCGUCAUUCUCCAGGUCAUCGUUUCAAACGCUUCGUGUAAAGAAAAGCUAAUCGAAGCAAAUGCAGUGCCUCUUGUAGUAAUUUGUCUUGGAAGAUUACAGAAAGACACGCAAAUUGUUGCGACAGUCUUCAGAGCGCUUACAACUGGAAUGCAAUGCAAAGGGAUUAUGUGUUAUGUACCACACUUGCUCGAUGAAAUGGUUCAAAAGGCUAUAUUUAUGGUGCUCGACGGUAAUAUGGACGAAAAUUUGGGCAACUCGGCAGAAGAGGUGAAAGCGCUUGUUGUAGAUGCAUUGCAGAAUGCGCUUCAGGACUCAACACAUGGCCAACAGCUCAACGAAGUUUUAAUGACACAGCCAUCGUGGGAACAAUACUCAACUCAGAAACAUGGGCUCUUUUUGUCAGGAACGUCGGCAAUUGCUGGGUACAUUGCUGGUCCUGCGACAUCUGGCGCAGUUGGUCUUCUCACUGCAGCGGAGGAUGCAUCAGUGAAAAGACCAGAUCUUCCGCCAGACUUUUAA